CAAUCUCCUUCCAUGCGCUUCAUUUUCAGGUUUGAUGACUGGAGCUAGAACAUGCGACUUGAUGGUGAGAACUAUAAAUCCUAUGAAAACAUCCGAGGUCAACAUUACAUGGAGGCAAGCAGAAUGUAAAGCAAAUGUCACUGAUACGUUCAUGUGUGUAAAGAUCAAGAAAGACGGUCCAGAUCAGGCUACAAAAACCACAGCAUGUCCAGCACGACGGCCGUGCUCGUGCACCAAACCUAAGAGAUAUCAGUUGCAAGAAGGAGAAAUCAAUUGCGAAAAUGUAGAACUGUACACAAUGCCAAUAGGAAUAUCACUAGAUGUGAAAGGCGUGUUUGCAAGAAAGAACAAAAUACGUUACAUAGAAAAUGGAAUGUUUCAUGGAAUGCCAAAUCUCAAAC